AUGGCCAUGGAGACUCCCGACAUGGUGGCUGCUGGCCAGCAUACAGCAGCACCCAUGAAAUUUUCGCGAUACCGAAGUGUUCGCAAGGCGGCGUCCAAACAGCCACCAACUUUCCACUCCCCGCCACCUCCACAGCCUCACCCACCAAUCGCUGCCCUUCCGGCCUCGGUGUCGCAUGACCAUGUCGCCAACCCCGAUGCUGCCAAUACUAAUACGGUUCAAAGAAGCAUGUCGCGGUAUCGUCGCAGGGUCCCGCCCAUGCAGCCUCCUGUGCCCACCUCUGCAUCCACGUAUAAAGCCCCGGUAGUCGCGGCCAAUGGUGCUUCAGUCGCCCACCCAGUAUCCUCACAGGAACGAUCUGAGGAAUCAGAAAUGACACGCAUCCGACAAAAGUUGGCCCUUCGACUGGCGACCCGAGAAAAACGGGUUCCCAAGGACAGCGAGGACGAGGAUGUUGAACGCGACAGACAUCGACAGAAUGCGAUGGACUGUCUGACCGGAGGCGAGGAUGGACCUGGGCCCAAUCCUUUCGAGACGACCUCUAACGACAAGCCAGCUGACGAGGUACGUGGGGUUCUAGAUUCGCACCGGCAGAACCAAAAACGCGCAAACGGAGGAAAUGUCGCAAGCCGGCGUACGAGUCGUGAACCCAAGCGGCAAUCCCUCAAAAUCACAACAACAAAGUGUACCCAACUCAAAGCCAAUCCCAGGGGCGACUCAUCUGCAAGUAGUCCAAUUGAGGCCAGUCCUGUCACACAAUUUCCCGAUGCUCCUGUCUCUGCUGUCAAUGCACGCGAGCGUCGCGUUCUGGUCCAGUACAGAAAAACGUCCAUGAAAAUUUGCGUCAAUCCCUCGACGUCCGCCCAAGACAUCCUUGCUACUGGGAUGAACUAUAUGGCCAAAGGGGAUGACCCCGGGAAAUUCAUCCUGAUGGAGUCGUUCGCCGACCUGGGACUAGAGCGGCCGUUGCGCCGAUAUGAGUCCGUGCGCGAUGUGAUGAAUUCCUGGGCGCAUGAUGAGCAGAACUCGUUAAUCAUUGUUCCGGCCGCCAGCCUCGAUGCUCUCGCUCUGCUUGACGCUCAGAACGUGUCACUCAGUCAACCUGCGGAUGCGACAUUUUAUCUGUACUACUCACAGCGGCCUCGGAAAUGGGACAAGCGGUAUGUUACCUUGCGCUCAGAUGGCCAAGUCGCCAUCUCCAAGAAGGAGACUGGUCAGGAGUCCACAAACGUCUGCCACUUGUCCGAUUUCGAUAUCUACUCGCCAACUGCGAGCUCUUUGGCAAACAACGUCAAACCACCGAAGAAGUUCUGUCAAGCCGUCAAGAGUCAACAAAAGUCAACAAUGUUCUUGACGACCGAAAAUUUUGUCCACUACUUCUCCACCAAUGAUAGAGACAUGGCUGACAAUUGGCACAAGGCUGUUCAGACCUGGCGCAGCUGGUACUUGGUCAGCAUGCUAGGAGCAGGCAAGCCAUCGGAGACAGACAAUACUACGUCUUCGGAUGAAUCGUCAUCGGCUAGAAAACGACCACAGAAGCCAUUGUUGAACCCGUUUGAGGAGGCCAGCAACGAGAUCGGAGCGCCCGCGAUGCCGAUUGUGGAGCGUACCCAGUCUACAAAAGCCAAGGAAUUGUUCUCACACAAGAAGAGCACCCGAGAACGUGGACCUCCUCCGACAUCUUUCCCCAAGCUACUGACAGGGGAGGCGGAUCUUACCGCAGAAUCUUCCGACGAUGCUACUUUUUCGGCCAGUGGUCUUCUAGGACGAACCUACACCAUGCGGCAACGGGCCAUGAAAGAGCGUGAGGAGAAAGAGAAGCGCGAUAACGAAGAGCGGCUCCGCCAGGGUCUCGUGGGCACUCUGGGCAGCCGCCGCGUUAACGGGGGUUCGGGCAGCCGGUCCAACACCAUGACAUCGACUCACGCCCCUGACUUCAGCGCCGUCAAGCGCUCCCAGUCCGUCAAGGCAAAGCCCCUGGUUGAUUUGACCCCGGUUUACAGUGAACCCCCACAGCAUAUCCGCAAGGGAAGAGGAGUGACUGUUGACCCGGGCGUCCCGUUGAUCGACGCCGCCACAGGCCCUGAGGUCCCGGGAGGUAUCCAGAUCCCUUCGGCCACUACCUGGCGCCGGCCUCCAGUGCCCGCCGAACCGAUGUCCGCAAUUGAACCCAGGACCCGGAAACGCUCCAACACCGCGCGCAGCAUCAAUGGUCAGCAGCGUUACCAUCACACCGCUCCUACCACUCCAAUUUCCCCCGUGGAUCUCGCUUCUGGUCGUGAGGGCCCCUUCAUACCCCAUAGCCUAUUGGCCCGCGCUCAACCGGCUCCCGCGCCAGGUCCUCCGGUCGGCCAUGGCGUGGCAACGGGAGAUCGCAAUGCUACCAAGCCGAUGUUGGAUAUGUCCCCUGAAAACCCUUUCGCCGAGGGGAGUUUACUUCGGGGGUUGUGACAGCAACUCACGCCUGCUCCCACCACCACCCCUUUUCACGAUUACGACGGCAUUUGAGAAUUACUUAGCAGUGGCGUUAUGUUCCUAGGCUGGAACUUUGUUUUGUCACAACGAUAUAGAAUGGCAUGGCUUGGCCAUCUUGCCUGUAUAUUGCCUCCUUUCAUAUACCUUCUUGUUUAUGACCUGAGCUCGCUGAGAAGUCUGUACAUCUAGAUGCAUUUGACCUCAAUUGGCAAUCUUGAUUUGAUCAGAGCAUGUUCGGGGCUGCAGCUACCAUGUUCAUGAAUGUAGUUUACUGAAUCCAGAAGAGCGAAC